UGCAAAUAAUUUGAAACAAAGGUAGUAAAAUAAAAUCCCUAUUUAUAUAUAUACAUAUUUUGAUAUGUCAAACGAUGAAACGAGUGUUAAAUUAAGUAGCGGAGUACUAGUUUGAUUAAUUUAUCCGAUUAAAGAAGGGAUGCUUUCAUGCUUUGUGAUUUGUCCACGUCCAAUUUUCCAAAGAAACAUAUAAGUAUAUAACACAUUACACACCACCUAGGCAGUAGGCACAUAUGAUGAUAUGAACUCUCAUCUAUUGUUUCCUUUCCCCUCUCACCCAUAAUCCCUUAUUUACCCAUACCAAAAAAAAAAAAAAAAAAAAAAAAGAAUCAUCUUUAAACCCUAAAUUAAAGGGUUUUAGAAAAUUUGUCUUUCUGAAGUGUUAUUACGAGGUUUCUUCAACCAAAAUCCAGCAAUCCCCCAAUUUAGGGAUCACCAUUUCCAUAAAUGAUGCAGUCCCUCACCAGAAGAUUGUUGCACAGAAAUUUUUACAGUAAAGCAAAUGGAUACCGGACAUACUGUUCAACAAAGAUCUUUGAUGCGGGUCAGCCAACCGCAGCUUCUCAUCCUGAGCUGCUGAAAGAAGGGGAGAUGACUCCUAGUAUAAGUUGUGAUGAAUAUAUCUCCAGACGAAAGAAAUUGUUAGAGCUUCUCCCUGAGAAGAGUAUUGCCAUCAUUGCAGCUGCCCCGGUGAAGAUGAUGACAGAUGUUGUGCCUUACCCAUAUCGGCAAGAUGCUGACUAUCUGUAUAUCACUGGCUGUCAGCAACCUGGUGGCAUAGCUGUUUUAGGUCAUGAUAUUGGUUUGUGUAUGUUCAUGCCAGAACCAACACUUCAUGAUGUCACUUGGGAAGGGAAUACCGCUGGCGUAAAUGAGGCACUGGAGAUAUUCAAGGCUGAUCAGGCAAAACCCAUUAGCGAACUUCGACAGAUGCUAUCAGGAUUUUUAGGAAGAUAUUCUGAAGUGUUUCAUAAUGUGAAAACUGCUACAAGAACUUACACAGACUCUGAGUCCUUUCAAAAGACAAUUGUUGAAGGCAAAGUGAAAGAUCUUUCUAAAUACACUCAUGAGUUGCGUUGGCUCAAAUCACCAGCUGAAGUUGAGUUGAUGAGAAAGGCUGCUUCAAUUGCUUGUCAGGCUCAGUUGCAGACCGUGUUUCAUUCAAAGAUAUAUCCACAUGAAGGUAUGUUGGCUGCGAAGGUGGAAUAUGAAUGCAAAAUGAGAGGUGCCCAAAGAAUGGCAUUCAACCCUGUUGUGGGUGGUGGUCCUAAUGGCAGUGUGGUACAUUAUUCUCGAAAUGAUCGUAAAGUUAAUGAUGGGGAACUUGUACUUAUGGAUAUUGGAUGUGAGUUUCACGGCUAUGUUAGUGAUAUGACUCGCACAUGGCCUCCCUUUGGUAGAUUUUCACCUGCUCAAGUUGAGCUUUAUGAGCUUAUUUUGGAGACGAAUAAAGAAUGUAUAAAGCUCUGCAAACCUGGCAUAAGCAUACGACAAAUACAUGAGCAAUCGGUUCAGAAACUCUACAAAGGACUGAAAGAUAUCGGAGUACUGAAAAAUAGAGCGAGCAGUAGCCGAACAUACCAUCAGCUCAAUCCAACUAAUAUAGGACACUAUCUAGGGAUGGAUGUACAUGAUUGUUCUACAAUCAGCACUGAUCGUCCUCUUCAGCCAGGGGCUAUCAUAACGAUUGAGCCAGGUGUAUAUAUUCCAUCUUCCUUCAGUGUUCCAGCGAGGUAUCAAGGUGUUGGGAUAAGGAUUGAGGAUGAAGUCCUUAUAACUGACAGUGGUUACGAGGUCCUUACUGGGUCAAUGCCUAAAGAAAUAAGUCACCUCGAGUCCAUGUUAAACGACUACUCUCCACAAACAGAAGCAGGUUGCAUAUGAACUGCAGCUUCAAAUUAGAGUGGUGGAGGGUUCCAGUCGAGAUACUCCUAACUCAGACAGAAGCAAAUGUAUUACAAAUAUUCUUUGGAUCUUUGUAGUUUGAUGUAUCUCGUGUAAACAUUGUCAAAAAUUCCGGUACUCAUAUACGUGGCCAUAUUUAAAUUCAUGCUUAGUUGUAAUGGCUGCUUAGUUGUAAUGGCUGCAGCUUCAAAUUAGAAGCAGGCUGCUUAGUUGUAAUGGCUUAUGGAGCUGUAGAUGAAAGAUCAUGUAGAAGAGGAAAAUAUACCUGUCAAAUUUUGCUAGAGUAAUAUUUCGUGAUAUUUUUGAAA